GUGAAUAAUGGAAUUGCGGAGGAUGGCGGUUUUGCCAUCAACGGCGGCAAGGGCUGGUCAAGCGUUGUUUUUGACAACCACAAGAUUGAAAAAGUUGCAAUUGCCAUGCGGAACUAUUAUUUCACUAGUGCAGCAGAUGGAAGCAAGACCACGGUGGAGUACACAUUUGGCUACAAGAAAAACGCCGAUGGGAAGGUGCGCAUCUUCCUCCACCACUCGUCCGUGCCAUUCAGCUCCGGCCCAGCUUCAGCAACAGGAGGCGCCCCGGCCGUUUCCCAGGAGGAGGUGCGAGCAGCGCAAGCAGCUUGGGCCAACGCCAUUAAGACGAUCUCCAAGACCUAUUUGGAUGGAGGCGACUACGUGGCAGUUGCGGGAAAGGCAGCCGGUGAGUUGUACGGGUAUGGUCACACGAAGGUGCUGUUCAAGCCGACGAAGGCAAAGGAUGUCCAGUUCCGGCCCAUGGCAUCCCAGGCCAUGUCCUACUUCGUGGGCAGCACGGCCGUCGAUGAUGGAAUUCCAGAAGAUGGUGGCUUCGCCAUCAAUGGCGGCAAAGGCUGGUCAGAUGUUGUAUUCGACAACCACCAGAUCGAGUUGAGUGCAGAUACAGCCACUGCAAUGGGGAAUUAUUAUUUCACUAGUGCAGCAGAUGGAAGCAAGACCACGGUGGAAUACACGUUUGGCUACAAGAAAAAUGCCGAUGGGAAGGUGCGUAUCUUCCUCCACCACUCGUCCGUACCAUUCAGCCCUCCACCAGGAACUGGCAAAGUUGUCGCCACAAUUUCCGAGGAAGAGGUGAGAGCCGCACAGAGGGCUUGGGCCAAUGCCAUUAAAACGAUCUCGAAGACCUAUUUGGAUGGAGGCGACUAUGUGGCAGCAGCGGGGAAGGCAGCCGGUGAGCUGUACGGGUAUGGUCACACGAAGGUGCUUUUCAAGCCCACGAAGGCAAAGGAUGUCCAGUUCCGGCCCAUGGCAUCCCAGGCCAUGUCCUACUUCGUGGGCAGCAAGGCCGUGGACGAUGGAAUUCCAGAGGAUGGUGGCUUCGCCAUCAAUGGCGGCAAAGGCUGGUCAGAUGUUGUGUUCGACAACCACGACAUCGACGUGGAUGGCAACUCAGCAAUUGCCAUGGGGAACUAUUUUUUCACGAGCGCAGCGGAUGGAAGCAAAACCAAGGUGGAAUACACGUUUGGCUACAAGAAGAAUUCCGAUGGAAACGUGCGCAUCUUCCUCCACCACUCCUCCGUGCCAUUCAGCUCAGCCGCCCCAGCCGCACCUGCACAAGUCGCGGCAGUUUCGGAGGAGGAGGUGAGAGCCGCGCAAGCAGCUUGGGCCAACGCCAUUAAGACGAUCUCGAAGACCUACUUGAGUGGAGGGGACUAUGUGGCAGUUGCAGGGAAGGCAGCAGGAGAGCUGUACGGGUACGGCCAUACGAAGGUGCUUUUCAAGCCCACGAAGGCAAAGGACGUCCAGUUCCGGCCCAUGGCAUCCCAGGCCAUGUCCUACUUCGUGGGCAGCAAGGCCGUCGAUGAUGGAAUUCCAGAGGAUGGUGGCUUCGCCAUCAACGGCGGCAAGGGUUGGUCGGAUGUAGUGUUCGACAACAACCAGAUUGUAGCGGAGGGCAGCACGGCCACUGCCAUGGGGACCUACGUCUUCACGAGUGCAGCGGAUGGAAGCAAGACCACGGUGGAAUACACGUUUGGCUACAAGAAAAACGCCGAUGGGAAGGUGCGUAUCUUCCUCCACCACUCGUCCGUGCCAUUCAGCCCUCCGGCCGCUGGCGCUGUCUCCAAGGAGGAUGUGCUCAGUGUGCAGGCUGCGUGGGCCAAUGCCAUUAAGACCAUUUCUAAGACCUACCUUAACAAGGGCGACUUUGUGGCGGUUGCUACCAAAGCCGCGGGCGAACUUUAUGGCUAUGGUCACUCGAAGGUCCUGUUCAAGCCCACCAAGGCUGCAGAAGCACAGUUCCGUCCAACUGCCGAGGAUGCAAUGUCCUAUUUCGUCGGAAGGAAAUCAGUUGAGAAAGGUCACUCUGAGGAUGCUGGCUUCGCCAUCAAUGGGGGCAAGGGUUGGUCAGAUGUCGUGUUCGACAACCACGAGAUCGAUAUAGAAGGCAACAUUGCCCUCGCAAUGGGGAAUUAUUAUUUCACUAGCGCAGCGGAUGGAAGCAAGACCAAAGUGGAGUACACGUUUGGCUACAAGAGGAACCCGGAUGGAAAGGUGCGCAUCUGCCUCCACCACUCGUCGGUCCCUUUCAAGGCAUAG